CGAUCAGAUGACCGACCGGUUUCAGAUUCGAUCAAGUUGCCGUUGAUUUUUCUCUCGAAGCCUGAAGAUGGCUAGGCUUUUAAAAAAUACAUUGCCGAUGUUGAAAUCGGUGCGCGCCGGCUCAUCGGCGGUGACCGUCCCGUCGUACAUUACCAAAUUGGCCGGCCGGGAGGUAAUUGGUUUCGGGCACAACGGCGAGGCGAACUACGUCGACAGGAGUGACUUCCCAAUGCCUUCAGUGCGCUUCGGCAAGAAGACGCCAGCUAUACGCGAACUCCAGGAGAAGGAGAAAGGCGACUGGAAGAAACUGAGCAUGGCGGAUAAGAAGGCUUUAUACCGUUACUCCUUCUGCCAGACGCUCGCAGAAGUCGAAGCACCCACCGGCGAAUGGAAGAGCAUACUCGGCUUCUCGCUCAUUCUUAUUUCCUCAUCGCUCUGGCUUUUCAUGUUUACAAAAUUCUUCGGCCAUAAUCCCGAAUUGCCAGAGUCGUUCAGCGAAAACAGAAAGAGGGCUCAACUGAGACGAAUACUCGACCUGAAAAUGGACCCCAUUGAAGGCAUCUCUUCAAAAUGGGACUACGAAAACGACAAGUGGAAGUAAACAUUCUGUAUAAAAUUUAAAAAAUCUUUUCAGUAGUUGUAAUAUUCAUCGGUACGAUGUAAAUCUUUGAACUUAUUACAUGGAAGGAGAAAUAAAAUUGUAUUUAACAUUUAA